AUGUCAGAACCACCGUUAAGUAACCCAUUAUUAGGAUGGAUUGAAUCAUUCCUUAACAAUAGGUCCCAAGUAGUUAGACUGGGUUCUGUAAACUCUAAACCUAGUCCAGUCACUUCUGGAGUAGUUCAAGGUAGCGUCUUAGGCCCCCUCCUAUUCACUCUAUAUGUCAACGACAUAUGCAGCUGUUUCUCACUAGGCAAACCAUUCAUCUUUGCAGAUGAUCUUAAAGUA